GAAAGAAAGAAAGAGAAAAGUACCAAUACCAAUACCAAUACCAAUACUAAUAGAGUGAUAAAGAUUAACAAGAGAGGUAAACAGCUAGAAAGAGGAGUAGGGUGAUAGAGACGAGUAAGGAGCUAGCGGUAGGUAAAGAGAGGAAUAAAGAAAGGAGAGCUAGUGAGAGGAAUGGAGAGAUAGAGAUAACUGCAGAGAAAUAGAAGCAUGAAGAGUUAAAGGUAGAUAAAUAGAGAAAUAUACAUGGAGGAAUAAAGAAAGAGGAGAAUAAAGUGAAAGGAAUAGAGAAAUAAAGGAAUACAGAAGCACAGGAAUAGAGUGAGGGAAUUAAAGAUAUAAAGAGGUAGUAAGUCGAAUAAAGGACGGGAGAAAGAAUAGUUAGAAGAAUAAAGAAAUAAAAGAGAAAGGAAAAUACACUCCCUUUAUUGUUGGAGAAAGGAUUGUGGAAGUGUAGAGAAAGUAGGUGAUAUUAAAGUGGUGGGAGGGAGAGAGAGAAAACUGGGAAGAGAAAAAUAGAGACCGAAAACAGUGACUGAUUGCGAGGUUGGUGGGAAUGAAGACAGAAAGCUGGGAGAUAAAGGAAUAGAGAGAUGGACUGAACAGAGAAAUAGGGGAAGAGUGGAGAAAGAGCCAGCUCUGAGCAAGGAGAAUAUUGGUGUGUAUGUGUAAAUAUUCAAUCACAGAGCCUUUAUCUUCAUAUCUGGAAAGGUACACAAAGUAGCAACUUAAAAUAUGGAAGGUGAAGUGAUGAAUGCAACUGUAUCCACCAGCCAUUUGGGGUUCUCUGGUAAAAUGAAGGAACGACGGAAUUGUAUUAUGAAAAAGACAAAAUAUAAUGCAUCUUUGAUUUCUAAGAUUAAGACCAAAAUUCUCAACAACUCCUCAAUGAUGAAGAUUUCACUUAAAAAUAACAAUAAAGCUUUGGCAUUAGCUCUUGCUGAAGAGAAGAAAAAGUAUAGAUUGUCUGAACAGGAAAAAGUAAUUCUUCAAAAAGAAAUAUGCACUCAAAAUUAUGACAUAGUUAUGCUUCAGCAAAGGUUGACUACGCAGAAACAGAAUGCAAAACUUUCAACCUUAGAAGAAUUUUUGAUGAAGAUAAAAAGCUGCUUCUCUGAUGCUACUGAUUACCUGUCAACUGCCAUCAGCACCUGUGAAUGUGAUGAACAUCAGUGGAAUGGUAUGUUAUUCCAAAGAAGUAACCGUGUGAGUGAAGAUUCCAACUGCAACUUAAAUGCUAAGUUACCAUCUGAGGUUCUGCAUAAAUUUGGAAUUGAAGGAAGAUACAAAACUAAUGCCAGCCGGGAUGACAAAAUUGAUCCCCUGAAACAAGCUGUAGCAAUUCCAGUAGAGGAUUCAAUAUCUUCAGCUAGUGAACCAACACGUCAAGCUUUUACUGUGAAUUUCCAUGAAAAUGUUUCUAUCAAUGAACCAAAUGUCAGAGAGCAAAUUGAAUUUGGGCAACAUAGUCAAGAUAGCGUUUCAAACCAUGCCUGGCUUCGUCAGAAUUCUGAAAUAUCUUCACCGAAUAGCUUUAAUGUUCCACAAACAUCAUUUACUGAACAAAUGCCUGAAACUCAGCAGAAUGAAACCAUAAUUGCAUGUCAGAAUGUUACCUUAAGAAAGAAAGAUUCAUGUUCCCGAAGUUCUAAAAUAUCUCUGGAAUUACUGGAGAAAAAACGUACUUCCUUGGCAAGAGAAUCUUGUUCAAGAAAUUCUAAAAUCAGUGAUACCCCUGAUUUUAACAGAAUAAGUUUGGGUAGACCGCACGUUGAAAUUUCUCCAGUGCUACACACCUCACAUCCUUCUGAUCCACAGAAGUGCGGCACAGGUCUGAUCACUGAAGAACAGUCAGUUGAGCAACGGAAACCUGAAGUGACUGUCUUUGAUGCAGAGAUGGAUCUAACUACAAGUGAAGCAGUAGAAAUUGUUACUGUUGGAACAAAAUCGACAAAGGGCAAAAUGAAAGAAACUGAAAGAGAUAAUAAGGAAGUUGAAACAACCUCAAAGAACGUGGCAACCCUGCGAAAAGUAAAACAGACAAAGGGAAAAUAUUCCAACGGCGUUCAAAGGAAUUGCAAUAUUGAUUCUCAUCUGUUUGAAAAGAGACAAAGAAAAUGUUCUGAUGAAUUUUCUGUCUUUGACCAAACUUUUAUGAAUAAUAACGAGGAGCCCAAUGUUAGCAUUCCAAGCAGUGGACUGAAUAAUUGGCUAGUGCAUAAAGAGGACAUUCACCCAAAUCCUCAGAAGGAGGGUAGCCAAGUUGAAAGUGCUUCAAAAAAUAACAUAAACAAUAUGAAAGAAACAUUUGAGGAAAAGACAUUUAGAAUUCAUGACGGCAUUAAGGAAAGCUCAUGUAAUUUAUUUGCAUCAAGGGCUAUUGAAAUUUACAAUAAACCAGAGAGGAAUGAUUGUCUAAAUAAUGAGGAAGAGAGCAAAGGAAUUUCAGAUAUUUUGCAGGUACAGCUUCGUAAUGUAAAAGGAAAGAUUGGACGAGGAACAUUUACUGUGUCAAAGAAGUAUAACAAUGUUGAAGAAAGUACAUCUAAUCCAGUUAUACAGCAAAUGGUAGAGGACGAAGUGGAAAUAGCUAAACAUAUAGGAUUAGAAGAUUACCGGAAUUUAAAUAACAAGAGCACUAGCCGAAGGACAUUUGUGGUGACAGAAGGGCACAACAACAUUGAAGAUAAUUCCCCUAAACCAAUUGUACAAAAAAAAUUUAGAAAGCAGAGUGUAGUGGUAACAAAAGAAUAUUCAGAUAGUUCCUGCAGCCCUCUUCCAAACAUUCAUGCUGCAGAAAAGAAUACUGGCCCUAAAGGCAAGACUGACCGAAGGACAUUUGUGGUCACAGAAAAGCACAAUGGCAGCUCUCUUCCAAAUUGUCAUGCUGCGGAAGAGAAUACUGGCACUAAAGGAAAGGCUGACCGAAGGACAUUUGUGGUCACAGAAAAGCACAAAGGCAUUAAAGAUAUUUCACUUAAACCAAUUGUACAGGAGAAACUUACAAAACAGAGUGUACUGGUAACAAAUAAAUAUUCAGAUAGUUUGGAAGAGGGCUGCAGGAGUUGCCAUGCUACACGAGAAAAUACUGGCACUAAAGGUAAGGCUGACCGAAGGACAUUUGUGGUCACAGAAAAGCACAACGGUGUUGAAAGUAUUUCACUUAAACCAAUUGUACAGGAGAAACUUACAAAACUGAGUGUAAUGGUAACAGAGGAAUCUGUAGAUAGUUUGGAGGAGGGUUGCAAGAACUGUAAUACUUCAGAAAAAAAUGUUGGUCAUAAAAGCAAGGUUAACCAAAGGACACUUGUGCAUAACCAACACCAGACCAUUAAAGAACGUUCAACAAAUUCAGUGAUAUGGCAUGAUGGCAAAGAGCGAAACGAAGUGGAAGUGGCUGAGUGUUUAGGUAACUUAAAAGUUAGCAAUACAAAUAAUAAUGAUAACCAGAAGAUAGUUGCAGUACCUAAAAAGGACAAAAAAGCAUCCAAACGAGAGAAAUUUAAAAAUCGUCCUGAAAUGGUCGGUGAAUGUCUGGAUAAUAUGGAAGAAGCCAACAAGACUUGUAAUGCCUUAAGAGAAAACAUAGAAAAAAAACGCAAAACUGACAUGGCUGUGGUGCCUAAGAAAGGAAAGAAAUUUAAACAAAAUUUCUCUAACCUAAUUAAAGAGGAGAAAGAUGAUGAACAGUAUACAAUAGCUGAACGUUUGCCUUGCACAAAAGGGAACAGUAAAACAUCUGUCAUGCCACAAGAUUAUAUAAAAGGAAUAGAUUGCCAAAGGACCUUUGUGGCAAACAAAAUACAAGAAAACAUUGAAAGUCCACAUAAUCUAAUUGUGGAAAAUCAAAGUGAAGAGCAGUAUCAAAUGGAUGUAAAUCAGCACUUGAAUAGAAACAGAAAAAUCUGCAAUCAAAAUGCAGAUAUUUCUCCAGAAACAAUUGUAGUUUGCAAAAAUUUUGAAGACCCAACUUGCUCAAUACGGGCAGCGAGAAAAACUUUACACUGUGAAGUCAAGAAGGAACAAGUAGAGUGUGAGCAGAACACCCACAAAAUUUUAAAUCCUGAUUGCAUAACUACUUCAAAAGAGGAAAGCAUACUUGCUGAGCAAAUCUCUGUCAACAGCUGUAGUGAAUUUGUCACAUGGCUAUCCAGACGGGAUGAUAUUGCUGUGGGUGUACUAACUGCAGAGUGCCCGAAAGUUCAAGAGAAAAAAGAAUGUGAUGUUCUAAAGGAUGUAACAAAUGUAACCCAGAACAAACUUGAUUGUCAGUUGCAACUCACUGAAGAAAACAAAGGUCUUUUCAGUUUACGCAGCAAACGUCAAACUGUUGCAGUGUUAAAUUAUAAAGAACCACCAAUAGGCAGAAAACUACGUCGAGGGGAUCAGUUUACAGACUCCAGGUUUCUGUGCUCACCUGUAUAUAAAAAUAAGAAGAAAAGACAAAGACGCAGUGUUCAAAAUGUACACAAAUGAGCAUAUAGGGACAAAACAACUUCUUUACAGAAUUCAAUUUCUGACAAAUUUCAGAUUGAGAAGUAAUACUUGCACUUCCUCCAUUUUUAAAAUUUCUGAAAUUUUUAAGGCUAUCUAAAUGCAGCAUGUACAGCAAUGUAUUUCUUGUGUAAUGCUGUUACUGCUCAUGUUUGUUAUAUAACUUGGCAGAGGAGAGCUUUCUUGUUGUUCCAAGGAAAUAUGUAAAACCAUUCAAGAUUCUGUAUCCAAGUUUGAACCUUAGAGGUGCAUCAUGACUUUGCUUUACUUUUUUAAGCUGUCUGUCAAACUGAGUUGCCAUUUUCAUGGUAAAAAUACUUAAAACCCAGUGUAAAAAUGCUAAUAUGAAAACUAUCAGUUAAUGUACAAUUGCAGUAUAAAGUUCACGUACCUAAAUUGGUUUAUACUAAUUAUAUACAUCUGGUCAGAAAGUCUCAUCUCGGUCAAGAGAACUUUUUGAUCCAUGUAGUAACUCGGGAGCAAAGCGUGCUCAAUGGCAGGCCAACUGUCACCAAGGACGUCUGGUCUGUGGAAGGCCAGUGGUACAAGCAUUAGUGCUGCAGGCAGUAAAUAUGUACCUAGAGGCAGGCAGCCUUUCAGUUCUGUCAUGGCCCAGAUUGCUUUUGAGAACCCGGAGGAGCAUGACUGCUGCUUCCAGAUUCUGAGUAAGACUUAUCAUUUAAGCUGCUAUUCAGUUGGACUGCCACAUGGCACUGGGCACAAGCUCCAGCUAAUUUUAUCCCUUAAUUGCAAUACAGAUGCUGAGAAUGCAAUAGUAUCUAUUUACAUAUUAACAAAGCCUUCUUCCUAGUUCUGGCUGCCUUGCAGAGACCCAGGGAAUAUUAUGGCUGUCAUAAUGAUAACAAAAAUGGGAGAUGAAUCAGCCCCCACUGUUUUCUAUUUCCUUUGGGCAGGAAGUCUUCAUCUCUUGAUGUAUUGAUAAAAAAAAUCUUGAAACAGGAGAAAGCACAUAACCAAAAAUUGCUGCAAUAAAUUUGCCGCAAUACCUUUGCAAAGUUGUGACUUAACAUGCAAUAAGUUUUAGGUUUUGUAUACUUUGGGGAAAAAAAAAUUCCAUUUAUUUUUGAUGCGUUUGCAAAAUGGGCAGUUCAUUUAAAAUUCUUACGUGAUCUUCACUCAGUUUAUAUGAUUAACAAUUCAUUGUCAAGAAUUAGUUUUAAGUGUACUUUUUUAAAUUGCAUUUUUCUGCCUUGUGAAGUAAUAGCUAACUGAAUAAACUGUUAUGGCUGUAUAUUUCUUCAAGAAAAUACAAUUGCUUAUACAAUAUGUCCAUAAGAUCUAUGCUAACUCCAGCAAUGUACAAGAAACCUGUGGAAACAAUAACCUAAAAUAAGUUUUUUGUAUUUACAAGUUUUAUUGUUGCAAUUGAAAAUCUUAUUGCCUAAUUUUGUGUACGCUAACUGAAUGAAGGGUGAAAUAAUUUGUAGAGAAACAUGAUUAGUAGACUAAAUAGUAACAUAUUAAUUUCUAAUCUUCUGUUGUGCUGUCAAAAAAUAACGAAAGAUGCUAAUUUGGUCUAUGGCUCUCAAUCCUUGGAAGGAUUGCUGUAAGACAUGGUUUUUGGAGCCAGCUGGUGUGCACAUGUACUAUCCCAGCUCCAGAAAAGUUUUUUGCCGGUGAUCCAUACUGGAAUAUCCAAUAUACUCUACUUUUGAGGCAAGAAUAUGAAGUCUUUUUAAAAAGCUUUCUUGAUUUAUUUUAAAAUUCAGCUAAUUUGCAGGUGCAAAAAAAAAUUAAGAUACUGACAGGUGCUAUAAAAUCUUUAAAAAAUCAGCUAAUUUGCUUCUAAAGUUCAAACUUGAAUGAGUACAGGGAAUAACCAUAUAAUCAAUUUAUAAAUUCUCCCGUUCAAAACCACUUUUAAAUCAAAUAUUUAUAAAUGUGGUUCUAAUAAAGCUUCUGAAAUUUGUUUGCAGCUUCUGAAAUUUUGAAAACUUCAGCGCAAACUAAAUGUUUAGGGAGAGAAAAGGCCUUAUUUGGCUGAAUAAACAGUACUAGUUCUUCUUGAAACAUUGAACAAUUUUCAGAUGCUUAUACGAUACUCUCUGCUUUCAGCUAAGUGUAAUAGGUACGAGCAAACAAUGUAAUGUCUAAUUUGGAAGAGAUUAAACCUUGAAUUUAAAAGUUAAAGCCUAAAAGUAUAAAAAGACAAUUCAGCUGAAAAUGAAAUGUAUUUGGUUAAAAAUGAGUCACAUCUCAGAUGCUUAAACUUAUUUUCAAAAACAUUGGUCCAUAAAUUAGAAUUUGGAUUCAAUAUCCCUAUUUCCACGCUGGAUCAGCCCAAGAAAUACACUAACCUUUUGAUUACUUCAGCCUUGGAAUUUCCUGAACAGGAGCCUCCUGUUACUAACCAACACAUACCAAUCCAAGAAAACAUUGCAAUCAACAGCAAAUGAAAUCUGCUUUUUCAACAAAGAGUAGGAAUAAUGGGUAGUGUCGUAAGUGAAGUGUGCCAAUGAUAGGGAGUCAAGCAGAUGUCGUUGCCCAGUACUGGGUCCGGAGGCUGAGGAAUGGCAAAACCACAGGUAUUGGAUUGUGGAAGAAAUUGCACGUAGGUACAUAUCCACUGCAUGCCAGAAUUUGACUUUUGUCUGGCAGGUGUUUUUGGGGACUUGCAGCUUAUACCAUGUGCUAUUUUCUUAUUUUGGAGGGUGGGAGUUAAGGCUGUGCAGAGGGUUUUUAAUAUUUGUGGUAUUUUAGAUCUAAUUUCUUCUUUUAGACUGUAUUCUUGAUUAAAAUUCAAUGUUCUUGCCCUUCCUUUCAGUUAAGUGUGUAUUCAACAUUUUCUGGAAUAAAUCUCAAAAUAUUUUAGGGAAAUUAUGUCUAUAUAUCGUGUUCUUAAAGUUGACUUGAUUAAAUUCAAUAUUUAUCCUGUUUAACAUUAUCCAUAUAAGAUAUUCAAGUGGCUGCUUAAAUUUAAAUACAAAUUUACACGUGCAAGAGGUUGAGUAAACUUUAUUUCAGUAAUAUCUGGUAAUGAAAGAAAUUAUAUUAACAGUAAAUUUUUUUAGCUGUUUCAGAUGGAAAAUUAUUCACAACUCUUGUAAAUGUAAAAGCAGACUGAAGUUGCCAAAGUUGCAGUAAACCCAUACAGAGCCAAAAAGUUAAUCGUUUGUUCAAAAUACACCCUUUAACUUACACAAGAAACAUUUGCCUUGAGAAUCUUAAGUAUUUCCUUGGGUCUCCCAUUAAUGUACUGAUAGAGUAAGAAUUGCUGCAGAAAUUCCAGGCAAAAAGCCUAAUUUUCUUUAGGGCAUUUGUUGACAGUAAUUAACCCAAAUUCAAAAAUAUAUUCCAGCUGUCCCUGACGUCAGAUAUCCAUGACAUUAGUAAGUAAGUUAGCAUUUUCAUUGGCUAGUAUGGUUUUCUAGGGUCUCAUUGUUCAAGAAUACCACCACUCAACUGUUUUUUUUUGACCAUCACCCUGUCUAAUAUUGCCAUCAAGGGCGAGGGAAAAAAAUAUCAAUGAAGUAAUUAUCCCAAGGCUAAUAGUUUAAAAUGAGGAAGUGCUUUGAACAAAAUAUUCCUUAUAUUCUUUUCCCCCUUCAAGUCUUAAAAACUGGAGUAUGUAGUGAACAUAGAAUGAUAAAAUGAUAUUGCAGUCACUAAUACAUGAAAUUCGGAUUUCUAAAAGUUUAUGUAGGCAUUAAAAUUUCAUCUUACAUGGCGUCUGUUGCAGCCACUAUGUAUAUACCCCAACCCAGCAAAAGUAAUGGAAAGUGUUGUAAUUUAAACACACGAUUAAAUACUUUCACAAUCUGUAUAACAUCAUGAUCAAAACUAGCAGUAACUCAAACUGGUUGGUAUUAUUAUUGAAUAAAGUGUUCAAAGUUUUAAGUACAAUCGUGCUCCUCAAUGCAAUUUUAACAUUCAGGUUAUGGCUAUAUUUGAUUCUGUCUAGGCUUUUUAUUUUAAAAAUGAUAAU